AUGGAAACAUCAUUGAUAAAGUGCCUUCUACCCGAAGAGAUUAUGAGUCUAAUAUUUGGGUAUCUUGAAAAAGAAAUUGAUAUUAAAAACUGUCGCUCGGUAUGCUCGAAUUGGAACUCAAGAAUAUGCUCUAUGUACUAUAAUGAAGGAUUUCAAAUUUCUCUGGGUGAAGAAAAUUAUCAAAAGCUUGAAGACGACUUGUUGAAGUUCCCCGAGUUAAAGAUGAAAAUACGGAAAAUGAAUAUUAUUUGUCGUACUCUAGAUGAGUAUUCUGAUUAUGAUAUAAACCUCGGUAUUCUUAUACCCAUAAUUAAGACCUGCAGCAACUUGAAGAAAAUUCGCUUUCAAGCGCCAGCACCAUCAAAUGAAAAUUAUUUAUUCCCGUUGCUCACUGAAACAGUAGAUCUUCCGUGCAUUGAAGAAAUUGUUACAGACGAACUGAUUGACAUGGAAUUCCGUACUCGAAAAACAUAUUUAAAAAUUAACUUCAAAUAUCGCAACACAAUAACAUCUUUGAAUAUCAAUGAUUAUGAAGGUAAUUAUUCCAUAUACCGCAAUUCUUAUUCAGAGGAUGAGGAUAAGCGCCCGCAAUUAAUCGAUUUGGAUGUGCUCCGGCCGCAAGUAUACGGUGUUAGAUACGAAAGAAGAUGGGAUGAAUAUCCGGGAUUGCUUAACUAUGUUUACAGCUUUCGUAAUCUAAAAGUUCUAAAAUUACUACUGCUCAGAAUCAGAGACGUUAUUGAUAUCACUAUUCUAACGGAAUCAAAUCUUCUUCAAUUGGAAACAUUGCACAUUUGUGGCGAAUAUUCGAUCUUGUACAUUGAAAAUACGCCUUCACAUUGGUCAAGACUUAAUUCAUGCGGCUCUGUAACGGAACUUACACUACGCGCACGUACAAUCAGUGUAAACACCUUGGAAUAUGUCAUGACCUACUUUACAAAUGUCGACAGGCUAAAUUUGAUUCAGAAAGAUCUUUUAGAAAAUUACACCAAUUCAUCUUAUAGCGAAGAAGAAACCCCUGCCUUAAUUAUGAAGUUGAAUUCAUAUUGUAUGGGAAAAGAAGAUGCUGAUAUCUUUUUCAAGUAUGAUGCGAUGGAAGGGGAAACACAAAUUCGAAAACAUGUUAUAUUCAGAGGCGGUCAAUUGAUUGAUGAAAUAAGACAACAUGGAUAUUAUAGCUCUUCAAACGAGCACUAUAACAGCGAAUCUGACUAUUAUGACGACGAUCAUGGCGGAUAUAUUGAUGACUAUUCCAUUGACGAUUAUUGA